CAAAGAAAAUUGACAAGCUAAGCUAAAUAUAGCAAUGUGUAUGGCGAAAAAAACCUGAAUGAAAACACGAGCCUUACAUAAGGUUAGGAUUCCUCCUAAAAGACGCAGAGGUGUGAAGCCAGAUUCGUAUCAAGGAGAGAACCCACGAAAAACCAAAGGAGUAAGUUGAUAAUUGUGUGAUUAAUAAGCGAUUCCUCACUCCUCGAAGUUAAAAAAGAAUUAGAUUUUUGGUCAGAGUCAUCUUUAACUAUCGAAAAGUUCAUGAGACUCUGCUGUAAGAGCUUUUUCCUGUUUUUUAAAUUUUGACUGAAUUUGCUAUGAGGAUCACAGAACAUAUAAACGUAUCUUUUUCGCAGUUGUGUAAAUUUAGACACUUAUAACUACAGCAACACUAAGGACACUUAAGUGUUCCUGUAGUCGGUCGGACUUGUUGCGUCAUAGAAAAAUGUGUCUAAUAAUGAUUGGGAAAUCUAAAAAUUUCAUUAUCGAAGAGUCAUGAAUGAUGAGUUGACAAAUGUUGAAAACACUUUUCAUAAGGCUAAUUAUCCUCAGCAAAUUUAUCUAUCACAAUUCAUUUUUUGUUGGGGAGGUUGUACCAACUCAACAUUAACUUCAGUCUGCGGAGAAGUAAAGUGAUUUAAAGAACUUUCGCUUAAAAUCUACUAGAAAUCUUUGGCUUAGGCUUUUUUCUUCUUUGCUUUGUUUUUCUCUAAAGUAGACCGUUCGAAAAAAAAUUGACCUUUCUCAGACCUUUCCUCAGGGUUGCCCUUAGGAUCAACAGUGCUGAAAAUCACGCGCCAAAGAAUGAUUAAUAAUCACUUUUCCAAAAACAAAAAUCAAGUGAAUGUAAGCAUUUUCGAAUCGCAUCUUGCGUUAAAGCCGUGAUAAGAAACUUCUGUAAAGAAAUGAAGCGCGACGCAAACGCCAAGCGCAUUGCACACCAACGCCGCUAGACAAUGUUUACCUCACAGGCGCUUCUACGUUUGUUCUCUCGCUGGAAUAAACAGCGGUUUGACUGAGCUAUGUAACAAACAAUUACUUGCCCAGUCAAAUUUGUAUUCCCUUCCCUCAGUAGUCCGUCAGCAGCGCUUUUAGACACCAUAUAUAGCAACUCUAGUUUGUUUAGUUUUCUGUCUGUCUGGCAGGUACCUGACAGAGAUCUCAGAUGGAAUCUUUUGUCAAGCCGAGCCUCUUGGAAGUUUAGAAAUUACCCAGAUUUUUCCGUGACACUUAAUAUCCUAAAGAGGCAUGAUCAAAUUCUAAACCACUUAGGAAAACACUUUGAGACGGCGGCUAUGAAUCUCAAACCGAUGAAAUGACAAGAAAAAGUAACUGUUCAAAGCCACUUAGCCGAUACAGCCUUGUAGAGGUAAUUCCUAAUGGGAGAAUAACCAGGGUAACCCUGUACUAGCUCCAAUGGUUGAAUCGGAAUGAUGCCUUUUAUCAAGAAUUUAUGCGAGGAUACUCGGCCACCAUACUCCUUGUCGAUGUUCACGGCCUCUGUAUCACUGGUGCUAUGUUUAAUCACGGUGCCGGGAAAUGUGUUGGUUUGCUUAGCAAUCUUCAAGGAUCCUUACAAAGAACUGAGGACGUCGUUUAACUUUUUUGUAUUUCAAUUGGCCAUUAGUGACCUUGUAGUGGGAGUUUUGACCGAACCAAUGUUUAUUUGCUUCCACAUCAGAGAGGCCAUGAAGUAUCCGGUCAUGGAGAAUAUUUGGGUUAUUCACCUGACGUUUUUUAUAUCAUACGCUGCGUCGCUGUUAAGCCUGGCAGCGCUAACUCUGGACAGAUAUCUCACAGUGAUGUCACACCACAGAAGGCUGUUAUCCACCACUCAAAUCACCCUGAUAUCUGUGCUGAUAUGGGUGAUAUCUUUUUCGCUGCCAUGUUUGUAUUUCGUCACCGGAUUCUACCUGUUUGCGUUCAUGUUUACAAACGCUUCUCUCAUCAUAAUAAUCAGCAUAUUAACAUUUUCAUAUAUCCGUAUUCAUCAGAGACUGAAGGAUCAGAUCUCUCGCUGGCAUUGGUUCAAACAAACACAGAUCAAACUGACUGCGAUGUCGUUAGAGAAAAAACUAACGAGAGCCUUUUACAUCAUUCUCGGUAUAUUCCUCAUGUGUCUACUGCCAUCAUUUGUAAUGAUUUACAUCAUCAUCUUCUGUGAUGAAUGUGACUGCACGCUCGUUCAUUGGAUGAGAGACUUGCAAUUCAUAUUCCUGCUGCUGAACUGUUCGUUAAAUCAGUUCUUAUACGCCUGGAGAGCACGGAACUUCCGCAAAGCCAUCUCUGCCGUGUUUUGCAAAACAGUUUCAUACCAGGUGAACGCUGAGCUUGCCGGUAACAACAAUGGCAUAAUUGCCGCUGAUUCUAAUUCAGCUGAUGUAAUAGAACUGAUUCCUCUGGACCCCACGAAACUUUCCUCGAUGCCUAUAGAAGAAAUGGGUCAGACAAACCAAUUCUCCUUUCAGUCUUCAGAAAAAAGAAAUUAAAGACAAAGCGAAGUAGGCAAGGCUAUCUUAGAAGGUAACUGAUUGCAAGUUUAUGAUGGAGUGCUGAAGAAAUAGAGUACAUCUUCCUUCGUUGGUAUAGCAACCUUUUAGGCCUAUCCAGAAUAUUUUCUCUGGCGCGCGACUGGUUUAAACGCAGAAAAAGAGACAAUUCUUUUUUUCUUUUCAUGGAGUCGCUCUAAGAAGUGACGGUGAACUGUUCGUAAUAGUUUCGUACCGCGCGCUGGGAAAAAAAAAUCGAAGGAUAAUAAGAACCCGCAACUUCUAUUUGGCUUCAAAAUAUGCUCGUAUUUUUGUCCCUGGACAUUGUCUUUCCUUGAAGCUUUUCCUUGAAAAAACGGUCCGCCUCUCAGAGAAGGCAAUGUCUGCGGGCUGAUACCUGAGCAUGCUUUUACGCCAAAUGAAGCUAUCGCGUAGUAACUGUCUCAUCGUUGCUAGUUCAACAAUUCGACCCAUCAUAGUGAUCAAAUAUUGACCUUCAUAACAAGAUGUCUGGUGACGAAAAUAAACAUUGCACACAAUUCCAUAGUUCCAUCUGCACCUUUGUGUCUCUGUAAACAUGGCUGUUUCAUGAGUUUUGCAUCACAAUGAAAUUAACGUUUGGGUUCAUGAGCUUGUAGUAAAAUGUUAUGUGAUAAAAUCUCAUUUCAGCUGACAUUUUUGUCGCUCAAGAGAUUGGGGCGAGGAAACACUUGUCAGCUUAGGCUCCUUACAACUGAUCAAGAUAAUGUUGAUUGUUGAA